UCCUAAAUGUCCAAGUGGGUGUGUGUUACAGUCAUUGAUGGAAAAUGAAAGUGUUCUCAUAUCUACAACUGACUCUCCGGUAUACUUUCCUGGUGCCAGCAGUCAGAUGCGUAAUGGAACCUUUGAUUCACAAAGUCUGUUUGCUAACUUUUCUCGUCGUCUUCGAUGCCACUUCAUCUGUUGCAGACCUCAGCCUCAUAGUCCCUCCUGACCCUGUAGUUGCCUCUGCUGGUGAUGACAUCAUCCUUCCCUGUCAUCUCUCUCCUCAAAGUAGUGCUGUUGCCAUGGAUAUCAGGUGGUUUAAGGAGGGAGAAUUCACUAACCCCCUGUAUUUGUAUAAGAGCAGAACGGGGGAAGAGGGAAAGGGCUAUAAGGGCAGAGUAAGUCUGUUCACCCAGGAGCUGGAGAGAGGCAACAUAUCGCUGCUGUUGAAGAAUGUCAAGGUGUCAGAUAUGGGACGCUACAAAUGUCAAGCCAGCCACUUGGAUUGGAUCCAGGAACCAGCCGUUGUGCUACAAGUUACAAAGCAGGGCAGUGUCCCCAGGAUCUCCAUGAUGAAGCACCACAGAGUGUUCAUCCAGCUCAGCUGCAGCUCAGAGAACUGGUUCCCAGAGCCUCACAUGCUGUGGACAGACAGCAGUGGGAAGGAGAUCACCUCAGCAGAGACAGAGAGACCCAAACAGAAGGAGGGGGGUGUCCUGUACUCCAUCACCAGUCACAUGAGAGUAGGGAUGGACCAACUGGAGGGGGUCACAUGUGUGGUAAUGUCAAAGGACCGGGGAACCAAGAUGGAGUCUACAUCACUGCAGAUGACUGAGGAGUUCUACCUCAGCAGUCUGCCUGACCGCGUCUACAUCUCUGCGUUUGUGAUUCCUGUGUUUCUGGCACUGGUGUGUAUCACUGCAUCAGUGCUCUUUGUCAUGCAUCAGAAAAGAGAUAUUCAGGAGAAACUGAAGCCUAUUAAUGAAGUCAAAGCAGAACUAAAAAAGAAGAAUAACGAACUCACCAAAAAAGAUCAGUUAUUUGGAAUAGCUGGAACAAUUCCAGACACCGUUUGGACCUUAAUGGUGUCUCAUCAUGCAGUGCAUGUGACUCUGGACCCUGACACUGCAAACCCCAAACUCACUCUAUCUAACGAUAAUAAAUCUGUCAAGUUUGGAGACCUACGGAGAGAAAGGGACACUGGGAAGAGAUUUGAGGAAAAGCAGUGCGUCUUGGGAAUGGAGGGAUAUGAUACAGGUAAACAUUACUGGGAGGUUGACCUGGGAGAGAAGACUCAGUGGAGUGUUGGAGUCGCCCAGGACCGAGAGAAGAGAGGUUCAAACAUCCAAAUGAUUCCAGAGAAUGGCUACUGGAGCAUACGUUUGGAAAACGGUGUAUUGAAAACAGUUGAAAAGCCUCUUAAUGUCCUUCCCAUUGAACUGAAACCUGUGAAGCUGGGGGUGUUAGUGGACUAUGAGGAGGGGAAGAUAGUAUUUUUCAACGUUGAGAAGAGAUGCCACAUCCACUCCUUCACUGGAACAUUUACCAAGAAACUCUAUCCGUUCUUUGGUCCUUUGAUUGAUUGUGAAGAGGAACUCAAAAUCUCACCCGUUCCUCAAGCUGAAAAGUGAAUCUAUAUAAGAUUGCAGUUGUCAGGCAAGUCCAUAUCAUUUUAUGUUCUUUCUUUGGUUACAACUGCCUGCGCCUUUAUUAGUACUCUAAAACCCCCAAACUCUCUGUGGUUUUAUUCAACCAUGGAGAAAAUAACUGAUGCGUAAAGUGCAAUGCAGAUUAUCUUCCAUGGUUUGAGCAAAUAUUUAGCUUUAGCAAUUAUCAACUUUGUGAAGAUUGAGUUACUUUAAUCUUUUACUUCUUAUAUCCCACACAAAUUGAUCUGAGUGAUUUGAGAUGUAACGUUUUCCCCUUUUUCGUAGUUGUACUGUUUUCUAAUGUUUAAGAUGUAACUGUAUACAUCCAUUAAAAUCUCUGUUUUGAUUCUGUAUACACUCACUGUUUGUAAAUUGAGUAUCCUUUGCUGUAGUGAUGUAUAGACUAACGUAUUCCGUUUUGUCAUAUUCAUUUAUCAUAUUUUAAUGUUCAUAUUGUAUAGCCAUAGUUCUUUUAAAAACAAAUCAAAGAAUCUCUUUAUAUCCCAGACUGUUUGAACUAGCAUGUUGGUAGAAAUAUCUGUAAUGAUAAUAUGGUGCAACUAGAUGUUACACUGGACAACUAACUACAGGCUUCACUGGGUCAAUAUAUUGUGUAUCUCUGGCUAACUAGCUUGUAUUCUUGGUCAUUGUAAACAUUAUUAUCUUUCCAAUGACCAAGAUAGUAUUUUUAAUGUGACGGAUCAUUACCAAACUUGUCAAAACAACUACUUAUUAGCCAGUAGAAGCUAAUUGUUUCUCUCAAUCCUAGUAAUCAAUAGACCUACAUCCAGAUACCAAAUAAGAUCUUGUAUUUUUCACAAAUCAACAUUUCAUGUUUUAAAACAAAAAUAGGUGUUCAAUGUCACACAAUAAACUCCUGAAAUAAUGAAUGUAUAAUACAUUAAUAAAGAAUAUGGAAAACAA